CCACAUCUUUAUCCUCUCUUCUCACAGAUCAUUUCUCUUACAAAAAAAAAAGUUCAUUUUUUUUUCUUUUGUUUCUUUUAAAAGCAAAUCCUUUUGUUCCUCUGAGGCGCUGAGCUCUAAAGUUGUCUCCUUUUUUUUUUUAUCAAAAACCAUGUCUUCCACUUCUUUCACCGACCUCCUUGCUUCCUCCGGCGUUGACUGCUACGAACAAGGCGAAGACUUUCUUCGUGGGUUUUACCCGGAGACAAACGGGUCGGGUUUACCUAAGUUCAAGACGGCUCAACCGCCUCCUCUUCCGAUCUCGCAACCUCCUCAAAACUUCGCCUUCUCCUCCUCCGAGUUACUUGACUCUCCUCUUCUCCUCAGCUCCUCACAUAGUUUGAUAUCUCCAACGACUGGAGCGUUUCCAUUUCCCUGGCAGAUACAAUCGCAGUCGCAACCGCCAAACGCUGCUUCUGCUUUGCAAGAAGAGACGUAUGGUGUUCAAGAUCUCCAGAAGAAGCAGGAUCCUGUUCCUCCUCCUCGCGAGUUUGCAGAUCGCGUGCCAUCGUACAUGGUGGUGAGUAGGAACUCUAACGACGGUUACGGUUGGAGAAAAUACGGUCAGAAACAAGUGAAGAAGAGCGAGAACCCUAGGAGUUACUUCAAGUGCACGUAUCCCAACUGUGUUUCCAAGAAGAUUGUUGAGACUGCUUCUGAUGGACAGGUCACUGAGAUCAUUUACAAAGGCGGUCAUAACCAUCCCAAGCCUGAGUUCACCAAGAGACCAUCAUCAUCGGCUAAUGCGAGAAGAAUGUUUAAUCCUUCUUCUGUUGCUAGUGAUCAAUCAGAGAGUUCAUCGAUCUCGUUUGAUUACGGUGAUCUUGAACAGAAAAGCUUUAAAUCUGAAUAUGGUGAGAUAGAAGAAGAAGAUGAACAACCUGAGAUUAAGAGACAGAAAAGAGAAGGUGAAGAUGAAGGGAUGUCUGUAGAAGUAAGCAGAGGAGUGAAGGAACCAAGAGUUGUUGUUCAGACAAUAAGUGAGAUUGAUGUUCUUAUAGAUGGAUUUAGAUGGAGGAAGUAUGGUCAAAAAGUUGUCAAGGGGAAUACCAACCCAAGGAGCUAUUACAAGUGCACAUACCAAGGCUGUGGAGUGAAGAAGCAAGUAGAAAGAUCUGCGGAAGACGAGAGAGCUGUUCUCACUACCUAUGAAGGAAGACACAAUCAUGACAUCCCAACCUCGCUACGUCGCUCAUGAAAACAGAACAUUCUUGGGGCUUAAGUCACUAGUUAUAUCAUUUAGGGUUUGGAAAAAAAUCUUACUAUGGCUAUCUUUUGUGCUUCAUUAUAGUUUGUUUAUUUGUUUGUUUGUGACACAGUCAGUACUUUGUGUUGUACAGAGUGGUGAUUAGCGUUUUAUCUUUAAAUGUUCUUGGUCUUAGAGAACCUCAAUAUACAUGUGUAAGACUUUAAGCACUCGAGAGUCUAUUUUUAGUUUCUUGUGUUUGGUCUUCUUCUUGAUUAGUGUAUAUUUCACAUUCAAGAUUGAUAAGCAAUAAUAAUGGUAUUAAAUCCUUUUGCA